AUGCGCAUUUCAGUGGAGUCCAGGGCCGGGUAUCAUGGCGACGUACGUGGACAUCCUGAAGAGAGAGUUUCCUGAAAUCGACACUGAGCUUUUCGACUAUAUCACAGGCGUGUUGGACAGCGGCGGCCCAGACUUCGAGGAUGGUGAGGAAGUCUUUGACGCCGUCGGUGGCGUUCUGCAGGAAGUCUCUGCUGACAGCAAGAACGAGGACGACAUCAAGGAUAUCUGUCUGCAGAUGUUCAACACCCUGAAGCUGAACAACCAUCGGCAUCCCCAGAAGCAGAUGCUGCUGGACGCUCCGGUGCAGCUCUCUCAGAUGUCUGCUGACUCUGGCUCCGCAGCCAAAGAUAUACAGGGAAUCUGGAUGAUGAAACGUCCCCAGAACACAACCGUCGAUGCAAAGAAGUUGGAGAAAGCUGAAGCCAAGCUAAAAGCCAAGAAUGAGCGCAGGAAUGAGCGGGAUUCUCAGAAAUCCUCCGGUCCGCUAGUCCUGGAGGAGGCGUCGGCCAGCCAGGCCAGCAGUAAAAAGGACAGCCGGGCCGACCAGUCGGGAAAGAACCGCAGCUAUGACAUCCGCAUCGAGAACUUUGACAUUUCCUUCGGGGAGAGGUGUUUGCUCCAGGGGGCGGAGCUCUCCAUGGCGACGGGCCGGCGGUACGGCCUCAUUGGUCGGAACGGUCUGGGGAAGACCACGCUGCUGAAGAUGCUGGCCAGCAGGAACCUACGUGUGCCGGCACACAUCUCCAUUCUGCACGUGGAACAGGAAGUGGCGGGUGACGACACAAUGGCGCUGCAGAGCGUCCUGGAAAGCGACACGCAGCGAGAGGGGCUGCUGGAGGAGGAGCGGCGGCUAAAUGCUCGCAUUGCCAACGGAACGGCUGACGGGAUGGAGAGCGUCCGACUGUCAGAGAUUUAUGCCAAACUUGAGGAGAUUGAAGCUGAUAAAGCCCCCGCACGAGCUUCCGUCAUCCUGGCUGGUUUGGGGUUUUCUCCCAGAAUGCAGCAGCAGGCCACAAAGGAGUUCUCAGGAGGAUGGAGGAUGAGGCUGGCGCUGGCCAGGGCUCUGUUCGCUCGUCCAGACUUGCUGCUGCUGGAUGAGCCCACCAACAUGUUGGACAUCAGAGCCAUUCUGUGGCUAGAGAACUACCUGCAGACGUGGCAGUCCACCAUCUUGGUCGUCUCCCAUGACAGAAACUUCUUGAACGCCGUGGCGACCGACAUCAUCCACCUUCACUCCCAGAGGCUUGACAGUUACCGUGGCGACUACGAGAACUUUCUGAAGACCAAAGAGGACCGUCUGAAGAACCAACAGCGAGAGUAUGAGGCCCAGCUGCAGUACAGGCAGCAUAUACAGGUUUUCAUCGACAGAUUUCGGUACAAUGCCAACAGAGCUGCUCAGGUCCAGAGUAAGAUCAAGCUGCUGGAGAAGCUACCGGAGCUGAAACCCAUCCAGAAAGAAUCAGAAGCCACUUUGAGGUUUCCUGAUAAUUUCGAAAAGCUGUCUCCACCUAUUCUUCAGUUGGAUGAAGUAGAGUUUUAUUACUCUCGAGAUCAGCCCCUCUUCUCUGGACUCAACCUGUCGGCUGACCUCGAUUCCCGCAUCUGCAUCGUUGGUGAAAACGGCGCUGGUAAAAGUACCAUCCUGAAACUUCUAAUGGGUGACCUGACGCCGGUCAACGGCAUCAGACAGGCUCAUAGGAACUUGAAGAUCGGCUACUUUAGUCAGCAUCACGUUGACCAGCUGGACCUAAACGUCUGUGCCGUGGAGUUGCUGCUCAACAAGUUUCCCGGUCGGACAGAGGAAGAGUACCGCCACCAGCUGGGAGGUUACGGUAUCACUGGAGAGCUGGCCACCAGGCCGGUGGCCAGUCUGUCAGGGGGGCAGAAAAGCCGAGUGGCCUUUGCUCAGAUGACUAUGCCAUGUCCAAACUUCUAUAUCCUGGAUGAGCCGACCAACCACCUGGACAUGGAGACCAUCGAGGCUCUCGCAAAAGCUCUCAACAAGUUUAAGGGCGGAGUCAUCCUAGUGUCUCACGAUGAGCGACUCAUCCGGCUGGUGUGUAAGGAGCUGUGGGUGUGUGAAAAAGGGAAGGUUUGGCGCGUUGACGGCGGCUUCGACGAGUACCGGGACAUCCUGCAGGAGCAGUUCAAGAAAGAGGGUUACCUGUGAGCCACACUCCUCACUGCUGACUGAACACACCCACCAGUGACCUAAUGGAUCCUGGAGCAGCAGCCAAUAAGCAGCCAGGGCCCAUCAGAGGAGCAGAACUGUCAGGUGUCCUGCUGUACAAUGUUUGGCUGUUUUGGGUCACCUGGCGAGGUCCCAGUGAACUCUGGAUUGGGAACGACUCGAGCUAAUUGUCAGGUCCAACAGAACCUGUUACAGAGUUUGAGAUUUUAUGAGAUUUAAAGGACCAGAAAAUAAAAAAAAACACAAU